AUGUCGUGCAAAGCGGAAGUAAAGGAGAAAAUGAACUCUGCAGCAAAACCUAACAGGAGCAAUGGCAAUCAUCUCCCGAAGAAUGUGUACCACAUCGGAGGCCUGCAGGUGGAGUUUCCGUACCAACCGUACGGGUCCCAGUUUGCAUUCAUGGGGAGAGUGAUCUCCACCCUCGACCGAGCUCAGAGGGAAGGCCACUGCCACGCCUUGCUCGAGUCUCCAACUGGCACCGGCAAGUCCCUCUCCCUCCUCUGUUCCUCUCUCGCCUGGCAGCACCGUUACAAAUCCCAACCCAAGCCCCCUCCGCCUUCCGAGCCACUUGCCGAUCCUCUCGUCCACGGCGGCGGCUUUCUUCCCGAGGAUGAUGCCGUUUCUUCUCCAUCCGAUAAUCCGGAGCUCGCAGAACCCGAACCAGCCAAAAAAAAUCAGAAGAAAAAGGCCGCUCCUACUAUAUAUUAUGCCUCGAGAACUCACUCACAAAUCUCUCAAGUCAUUCGUGAACUGCGGAAAACUACAUACAGGGUGCCGAUGGCUGUAUUGGCAUCACGGAAACAUUACUGCACGAAUAAAAAUAUACUUGGCAAAGAGAACAUCAAUGAAGAAUGUAAACUACUUCUGAAAGACCAGGAGAUAGGGUGUCCAGAAUUCAAAAAUGCACAUAAAGUCAAAGGACAUCCCUCUCUUCAGAAAGGAGGAUGUAAUGAGGUGCAUGACAUAGAAGAUCUUAUAAAAGUUGGACAUUCAGUGAAAGGUUGCUCCUAUUAUGCUGCACGUAAUAUGUCAGAUGAUGCGCAGCUGGUAUUUUGUCCUUAUAGCUACAUCAUUAAUCCUGUCAUUCGGGGAGCAAUGGACUUAGAUAUUAAAGGAGCUAUACUGAUUCUUGAUGAAGCUCACAAUAUAGAGGACAUCACUCGAGAUGCUGGCAGCGUGGAUAUUCAAGAGGAUGAUUUUGAUAAACUGCAAAUGGAGCUGCAGCAACUAUGUUCUGUAAAUGCUGCAAUAUACCAACCACUAUAUGAAAUGGCACAGGGUCUUACUAGUUGGAUAGAACGGAAGAAAAAUAACCUAGACAAGCGUGAUUUUCAGCACUAUGUGUCAUGUUGGACUGGUGAUAAGGCAUCGAGAGAACUUGAAGAAGCAAAUAUCUCAAAACAGUGCUUCCCAAUCUUACUAGAAUGUGCUACUAAGGCAAUCAGAAUUGCUACGGACUUGGAGACAGAUAAGCCACAUUUAAGUGGCAUGUCAGUGAUAACAUUGGAAGGUUUAUUCUCAUCACUAACUUAUUUCUUCUCAAGAAACGGAUCUCACAUGUUGGAUUACCAGCUUGCUCUGCAGCGAUGUGUUAGAAAAGAUGCUGUAAGAGCUUUUGGAAACUGGACACACACUUUCAGCUUGUGGUGCUUGAAUCCAGCUGUUGUGUUUAGAGAUGUUGCUGAUCUUUCUUUAUCGAUUAUCUUGACUUCUGGGACUCUAUCGCCGAUGAGUUCCUUUUCUUCUGAGCUUGGAGUUCAGUUUGAAACUAAUCUUGAAGCCCCCCAUGUAAUUGACAUUUGCACACAGGUGUGGCCUGCUGUAAUCUCCACUGGUCCUGGUAAUUACCCUUUGAAUGCAAGUUAUAAAACAGCAGAUGGAUAUGCCUUUCAGGAUGCAGUUGGAAGAUCUUUAGAAGAAAUCUUCAACAUUGUUCCAGGUGGAUGUCUUGUGUUCUUCCCAAGUUAUAAAUUGAUGGAGAAAUUAUGCAACCGUUGGACUGAAACAGGUCAAUGGUCUCGACUAAAUGCAAAAAAGCCCCUUUAUGUUGAACCACGAGCUGGAGGCCAAGAUGAUUUUGAGACUACCUUAAAAGGGUAUUAUGACUCGAUUCAUCAUGGGAAAAAGCCUGGUGCGCGAAGGAAAAGAAGGAUUAAAGAAAUUGAUUCAAAUCACUCCCAUCCGGUUGAUUCCCAAGAGGGUUUUGAGAAAGGAGGAGCUGCUUUACUUGGUGUUUGCCGUGGAAAGGUUUCUGAAGGAAUUGAUUUCUCUGAUGAUAAUGCCAGAGUAGUUAUUAUUGUUGGUAUUCCAUUUCCCAACAUAAAUGAUAUUCAAGUUUCUCUAAAGAAAAAAUAUAAUGAUAUGUACAAAUCAUCCAAAAAUCUUCUCAGCGGAAGUGAGUGGUAUUGUCACCAAGCAUUCCGUGCUUUAAAUCAAGCAGCAGGCCGUUGUAUACGACAUAAGCUUGACUAUGGGGCAAUAAUCCUUUUGGAUGAACGUCUUCGUGAAGAAAGAAGUAGAGCAUUCAUUUCGAAGUGGCUAAGAAGAAACCUAAAGGUUUAUGACAACUUCGAAUUAUCAAUAGAAGGACUAAAAUCAUUCUUUGAGGAUGCCAAGGAAUGGCAUGCAAUGAAUACAGUGAAUGUCAAACAGAAUUUGAGCUUACAUACUGAUGGUGUCAAUAUCAAGAGUCAGAAUAAGAGAUUCACAAGAAAGAAAAAUCAGAAACUUAACAAAUCUUGCAAUGGAUUUGAGAAAGAAGGGUCAAUUAUUGAGGACCAUGGCUCUUUUCCUGUACUAAGCUGUCAAGAUCUUGUUGACAGUCAACCAUCAGCUCAAGGGAAUAGUAACAAAUACAAUUGUGAAGCCCAUAUAAACCCACAAAUCUGUAAUCCGACGGAGGAAAGGUUCAAUCGGGAUUUAUUUGUUGCAUCCACGCUUGGAGAAUGCUCCUCCAUCAAGGAAACCCCUUGUAUAGAUGUUAACAGUGAUCCAGGUAGCCCUGGUUUCUCUAAGGAUGAUAACUCUGUUUCCACCAUAAUUGAGGCCUCUGCUCAAUUUUCAAAUCACUUGUCAAGCGUAUCAGUGUGUUUACCUGAUGGAAGUAAAAAUUCCUCAGGGCUUCACUCUUCAAUAACUGUUACUCCUGAAAAGAAUAUAGCUAGAAAUAAUAUUCCUGAAAUGGAAUCACCUGUGAAUACAAGUGUUAAUUCUCACUACCAGAAAAGGAGGAAGACCAUGCUCUCACCAUUUAUCACAGAGGUAGAAAAUUUAAAUUAUAUUACACCUUGUGCCAACACUCUUAUGACAUACACAAAAAGCUCAUUGGAUGUUAGAGAGGAAGCUCAUGGAAUUGAACAUGUUUGGGAGAGAAAUUCGAAGUCAAAUAUUCCUGAGUUACCAACAAGUACUCUACCUAGUUCAUGUUCGUUAACUUUCCCUUUACGGGAUAGAAGGUUACAACUUUUUUGUUUACUCUGCAAAAACCCAUUGGGCCGACCUGAAAACGAUCUGUAUCUCACGUGUUCCUUGAUUUCCUCAUCAAAAGUCCACUUAAGAACCCUUUUGAAACAGAGAACGAAAGCUUAUGCUACUGAGACAUCAAAUAGUAUACCCGUUAUUCUAACCGAUUCUUCAUUUGUUGAUCAACGUAUCCGCACUGGCAGUGCACUGGAACAGGGUAUUUGGUGUGUGGAAGAUGGGUGUGUCUUCAGCUCUGUUCUCUGCCCCUUCUGCAGUGACCGCAACAAUUUACUAGGAGUUCAGAUCAUUGCAACCAAUUCAUCAAAUAUUCAGUUACUUGAAAAGAUACUGUUUUACUAUGAUUCUUUAGAGGUGAAGAGCUAUGAGGAAUCAGCGUCUGGUGUUUCCAAGGAUGUGGAUUUGAAGCCAGUUAAUGUGAAUGAUCGAGGCAUGAAUGGAACUGCUGUCUUAAGUUCCAUCGACAAGUAUUCGUAUGUUCCCCGGCCAAAGAUUUCAGAACAGCAGAAACUAAGGGGCUUGCCUUCUGAGGAAAACCAAAGUUGAAGCUAAUAAGAAUAAAAGACAAAUCCCGGUGCAGUAUUUGGAAACGAUGUUUUGAUUAAAUUACAGAAACAAGCAGAAAUUCUGGAACAUCAUUUGAAGAUCUGCCACCCCACCAAUAUUGGUGAGUCCAAGACGGUUAGAUGUCAACCUUAAUUGUUAACCCAAAUCAACUGAAUGCCCUGUAUUACUUCGGAGCUAGCUUUUGUCUUGUUUCUUUCGGGGAACACCGAUCAAAUAGCUAGUUACGCAAUCUUAUCAUUAUUUCACAGUAGUGCCCUGCCUUCCUCUGCCGCUGGAACUGUCGUCUGUCUGUUACCAUUCAAAUUGAUUCAAAUCUAAUUUAUGUUUCAUGCAACAGAUUAGAUGGUUACAAAAUUUUUGGACUAUUAAGUGGUCCUAAUAAUAAAAUUUAGAGAAA